CAACCAAAUAUACACAGACACACAUGACACAUGUAUGUAUAUAAAGCCUUGAAUCUCCUGGUAGAGAAAGAAAGAGAAGUUUGUGUUAUUGCAUUAUAGCUCAAUGAUGGCAAAAGCAAAUCAAGCCACCACUAUCUGUUUCCUUCAUCUGCUUCUACUCUCUGCAGCAACUUCUCAUCCUCUCUGCUCAAAUUCAAAGACUCAAGUCAACACCAACGAGACGCUUCAGUUCUGCGGUUCCUACUCAGGUAGAACUUGCUGCAACUCCAAAGAUGAUCUUGAAUUGCAGACUCGCUUCAACUCCAUGAACAUUUCUGACUCAAACUGUUCUUCCCUUCUCAAAUCCAUUCUCUGUUCUAAAUGUGACCAAUUCUCUGGACAACUGUUUGGUAAUGAAACUUCUCCAAUUCCAAUUCUAUGCAACUCAACUCCUCAAGACUUAUGCUCAAAGCUAUGGGACACAUGUCAGAACAUCUCCAUCGCCUCUUCUCCCUUUAGUCCCACUCUACUAGGAGGUGCUACUUCCCCUUCAACCUCUUCAACCUUAACCGAUCUUUGGAAAUCCCAAACCGAGUUCUGUACCGCCUUUGGUGGACCAGAAAAAACCAACAACAACAAUACAACCAAAUGCUUCAACGGUGAACCGGUUAACCAAGGCCCUGAUGUAAAGCCACCUCAAGGGAUAUGUGUUGAGAAGAUAGGAACCGGGUCUUACCUCAACAUGGUAGCUCAUCCUGAUGGUUCAAACCGAGCCUUCUUCUCUAACCAACCUGGUAAGAUCUGGUUAGGUACAAUACCGGAUCAAGACUCAGGCGAAGCAAUGGAACUCGACGAGUCAACUCCUUUCGUUGACAUAACCGAUCAAGUCAGUUUCGAUACACAGUUUGGUAUGAUGGGGAUGGCGUUUCAUCCUAAGUUCGCAGAGAACGGGAGGUUCUUCGCGUCUUUCAACUGUGAUAAAGUCAAGUCUCCUGGAUGCACUGGUCGCUGUGCUUGUAACUCUGAUGUAAACUGUGAUGCUUCUAAGCUUCCUAAAGACGAUGGUGACCAGCCUUGCCGUUAUCAGACCGUUGUGGCUGAGUAUACAGCGAACGGUACUUCUUCAAGCCCUUCAACGGCAAAGACUGGUAAGGCGUCUGAAGUGAGGAGGAUUUUCACUAUGGGACUUCCUUAUUCGUCGUCUCACGGUGGUCAGAUUCUCUUUGGACCUGAUGGGUAUUUGUAUCUAAUGACUGGUGAUGGUGGAGGAGUUUCAGAUACUCACAACUUUGCACAGAACAAGAAGUCUUUGCUUGGCAAAAUCUUGAGGCUUGAUGUUGAUGUUAUGCCAAGCGUGUCUGAAAUCUCUCAGCUUGGUUUAUGGGGAAACUACUCUAUCCCAAAGAGCAACCCUUUCCAAGGCAAUGCAGAUGAACAAGGUGAGAUUUAUGCUUUAGGGCUUCGAAACCCGUGGCGUUGCAGCUUUGAUUCUGAGAGACCAGAGUACUUCUUGUGUGCUGAUGUCGGAAAGGAUACAUAUGAAGAAGUUGAUAUCAUAACAAUGGGUGGAAACUAUGGCUGGAGAAUCUACGAAGGACCUUACGUUUUCUCUCCUUUGUCGCCUUUCGGAGAGAAUGUUUCUGAGGUCUCUAACCUAACUUUCCCUAUUCUUGGUUACAACCACUCUGAAGUUAACAAACAUGAAGGAUCUGCUUCCAUCAUUGGAGGUUACUUCUAUCGUUCCAACACUGAUCCUUGCUCUUAUGGCACGUACUUGUAUGCAGAUCUUUACGCAAACGCGAUGUGGGCAGCGAUAGAGUCACCAGAAGGUAGCGGUAACUUCACUGACUCUCAAAUACCGAUUAAAUGCAGCCAAGAUUCACCGGUGAAGUGCACGGCGGCACCAGGAGGAGCUGACUCAGGACCUGCACUUGGUUACAUCUACUCUUUUGGACAAGACAAUAACAAGGACAUACACUUGCUCACAAGCUCGGGUGUGUACAGAGUUGUUCGUCCUAGCCGUUGUAACUUUGCUUGCUCCAAGGAAAAUACUACUGCCUCUAGUGGAAAACAGAGCCCUAGCGGUGCUGGGCCUCCUCAGUCUCUACCUUCUUCUGCAAGAAAUCACUGUUUCUCUGUAUUUAUGUCGUUGUCGUUGUUGAUGUUGUCUGUGUGUUUAACUGUCUUACAAUGGUGAUUUGUUAUUGUUUCAAACUGUUUUGUUACAGCACUUGUGAGCGUUGUUCAAGAUCUAUUUAAAGCGUGUGUUAGAAGGAA